AUGGACACGAUUCUUCCUCGCGUUGCCUCUACCAUAGCAGCUGCGUACAAUAAACAACGAAUGUUCCCUGGCACGCACUUCGAUAGCCAGCGGGCCAGGAACCGCAACAAGUCUUUAAUCACCUUACCUGCUUACACGCGGGAAUCAAUAGGAACAAUCACGCGAACAGAGCCAGACGAAGUUUAUUUUUCUACAGAUAGCACUACUCAGCUCAGGGAUGCACCCAGAAAUAUUCCUGAGCAAGUUUGCGCGGCGACCCAGAGACUCCCUCCAGCCACCGCAUCUCUGAAGACAUCAGGAGAAGACAUGGUGGGCACGAAUGUUUACCAAAGCUGCUCCAUGAAUGAGAUAUACGAACCUCCGAGGGUACAGACACGCAGCCACUCACUGAAUGCAGGGGGAACGAGUGUUACUGAGCAUCCACGGAGGCGCAUUGGAGAUACAAGAAGUACUCUUUUUGAUAGUACUGGCCUCGAUAUCUGGGUGAAGAACAACGCCCACACGCGGCAGAUAGGGCAUUGGGAGCAGCAGAAUGAUCUAUGCUGUUCUAAUAAGCAUCUUCCCCAUGCCUGUUUCCCAAGAGAAUAUGCGAGAUUGAUGGGAUACAUGAAGAUCUCUCCUGAAGCUCUGCUUAGCCACGAAUGGGCAAAAGUGAAAGCACUGGAACAGGUUAACGCGGAACACCGCGAUGUUCUGACCAGGAUGGAGCAGGCACGAAGCAAGGGUAUACAUGGGUUUGCUGACACUCGAAUACCAAGACAGUUGGAGGCACUCAGGGACAUGCAAACGGACGCAAGCAUCCCGUUGCGUGACGCAUACUACUACUAUGGUUUUCACCCUCUCCCCGUAGAAAGUAUAGAAGAGCAAUACAGACUACGUGCAGCCACAGCAUCCGAUGCUGCUAGAAGCUCUGGGGUGUUUCUUUGGGUGAAUCAGAAGCUAAGAUUAUGA